AUGGGCAUGAUGCAUCAUGGCCCUCCUGGUCCUCCUCCGCCGCCCGGUGUCGCACCUGCUCAGCAGUGGGCCCCGUCUCGCCAGAUCCUCGCUAUGAACGAGGCAGUCUGGGUGCAGAUUGGGAGCUUCUCUGAGCUUCUCGGCAACUUGGACGACGCUAUGGCCGCCUACGAGCACGCCCUUCGCGCUAAUCCGAACUCCAUCCAAGCGAUGAACUCGAUCAGCUUAAUAUUGAGAACUCGUGAGGAAUUUGGCAAGGCAGUCGAUUACUUGCAGGCCAUCCUGAAGAUCGAUGCCACGAAUGGCGAGGCUUGGGGCAGUCUUGGUCACUGCUACCUCAUGAUGGACGACUUGCAGCAAGCAUAUGCUGCAUAUCAGUCGGCUCUCGUCAAUUUGCGUAAUCCAAAGGAGCCCAAGCUUUGGUAUGGCAUCGGCAUCUUGUAUGACCGUUAUGGGUCUCUCGAUCAUGCCGAAGAGGCUUUCUCGCAGGUCAUGCAAAUGCAACCUGAUUUCGAGAAGGCAAACGAGAUCUAUUUCCGUCUGGGUAUAAUCUACAAGCAGCAGCAAAAGUAUAACCAGAGUCUCGAGUGCUUCAAGUACAUUGUGAACUCGCCGCCCCACCCUCUCACCGAGGAGGAUAUCUGGUUCCAGAUCGGCCAUGUACAUGAACAACAGAAAGAUUACGACAGCGCAAAGGCUGCCUAUCAGAAAGUGCUUGAACGUGAUCCCAACCAUGCCAAGGUGCUCCAGCAACUCGGCUGGCUGCAUCAUCAGCAGAGCAACAGCUUCUCCAGCCAGGAGAGAGCUAUCGAGUACCUCGAGAAAUCCGUCGCGGCCGACAACAGUGAUGCCCAGAGCUGGUAUCUGCUUGGACGCUGCUACAUGUCACAGCAGAAGUACCCCAAAGCGUACGAGGCGUACCAACAAGCUGUGUACCGUGAUGGCCGCAACCCUACCUUCUGGUGCUCAAUUGGUGUUCUCUAUUACCAAAUCAACCAGUACCGGGAUGCUCUUGAUGCAUACUCCCGUGCUAUCCGUCUCAACCCCUUCAUCUCCGAGGUUUGGUAUGACCUCGGCACACUGUAUGAGAGUUGCAACAACCAGAUCAACGACGCAUUGGACGCUUAUCAGAGGGCUGCUGAGUUGGAUCCUAACAAUCCUCACAUCAAGGCUAGAUUACAGCUCCUGAGGAAUGGCCAGGCCAAUGGUGUCCAAGCCGGCAAUGCCCCGAUGCCUACCGAUGUCCACCCUCAGGCUUAUCAAGUCCCUGGUGCUGUCGGACCUCCGGGACCUCAAUGGGCCAGCUCGGCUCCUCAACAGCCUCAGCCUCCUAAUGGACCACCUCCAGGACCUGGUGCCAACUGGGGAAGACUCUCAGAUGUCAAUGUUCCUCACCCACCAAACCCAUAUGAUCCAUCGCGUGACCCUCUGGGCCAGCCAGGUCGUGGCCCGCCUCCACCUCUCCCGCGUCAGCCUAGUCCUCGACAGGAGCAGCAAAUGAGACAGAACUCGGAUCAAGGCCGCCCAGGUGCUGGUCGACGAUGGCCCUCUCCCCCGCCGCCAAUGCAUUACGGUCCAGGUCCCGCUCCUCCUCCACCUCAGUCCCAGCAACUGCCAUCAGCGUCUGGCGCCCCUCGUGGACCUGGCUACGGUGGACCUGCCCCUGGACCCGCUCCACUUCCUCCGACCAGUAACGGAGUGAAUGGCCCGCCUCCUCCCAACUCUCUGCCACCUUACCGGAACAAUAGCCCUCGAACCGAGAUCCGGCCCAUUCACGAUAACCGCAUGCCAUCUCCCAAGUCUGCCUAUCCUCAGCAUCAGCCUCCGUAUCCUCCUCAUCCGGAUCCGGCUGGCCCAAGCGGAAUUGAAUCUGGCGCACCGGCUCCGCAAGCCGCUCUGGCUGCCGAGGCUCAUCAGCAUGCUCUGAACAGAGAUGUCCUGAGAGAGCAUGAACGACCGCCUUCCGUCGGUCCCAAGAGAAUGCGUGAGUGGGAAGACGAGCCUGCCGUCAAGAAGCCAGCUUCUGAGGAAAACCGCGCUAGGCUAGAAGACUUGCGCCAUCGACGACCAUCGACACCACCCCGGGACCCGUACCGUCGGGAUUCGUCAGAAAACCGCCGCAUCGAAGAGCAACGCCGAUUGGAUGAGCAACGACGAUUUGAUGAGCAGAGACGGACUGAGGAUAUUCGCCGAGCUGAAGAGCAGCGCCACCCAAACGACAGCUACCACCCUUCUGAGGCUGCGCACCACCCUCCCAGCCACUCAUUGCCUGGUCAGCUGCCGCCGAUGCAGCAGGGACCAUCACCGAUGCAGGGUAUUAUUCGGGAAGGACCACCAGCUGGACCUGCGCCGAAGGACUAUCCGGUUGAGGAUAGACAGAGGAUUGAGCAUUCGGCUCCGCCGCACCCACCGGCCAUUAAUGAGCCGGAGCGUGCUGCAAGGAAGAUGGAUGUGGAUGAUGAUUACGACGACAGCGGGGAGGAUGAGAAGAAGGCCGGAGCGGCUUCAGGUCCCGGUUCUGGACCUGGAUCGCAGUCCGGCGAGAUGAAGAACGGAACUACGCCUGGACCAACCAGUGCUGGGAUCAAUGGGAUGAUGAACGGCCCCAAGGUUGAGAGCUCUUAG